AUGUCUCAUGGUGGCUGCGGUCGACACUUCUGGCAAGUCACUUCAGCCGAAUACGUCGAGCUGCUGAAGUGGACGCUCCCUGUCAAUAUCUUUUACAUGCUAUCCGCCGACCUCGCCAAGCUCUCCCUUCUCGUUCUCUACCUCAAUUUCUCCCCGGACCGCACCUACCUGACUACACUCUACGUCUUGAUUAUAGCUUUUGCCCUGUGCGCCAUCAUUUACGCUGGCGUCAGCAUCUUUGGUAGCCAACCGUUCCAUGCACACUGGGACCUCGAGACAAUGUCGACGGCAAACUGCGUGGACAAACCCAUGUUUUUCCUCGCGGCCAGUAUUGCGAAUGUGGUCGUGGAUGUAGUCAUCUUGCCGGUGCCCUUGAGGAUUCUCCUGCUUUUGCAGAUCGCUAGAAGGCAAAAGAUGUCCCUUCUGCUCUUGUUUGCAACAGGCGGCGCCUACUGCUGCCACCUCACGAUCCAGCUCUUCAACAGCAACGACUACAUCCACGGACUCUCCAACGAACUCUGGUGGAUGUACGCCGAGCUGGCCGGCUGCAUUAUCUGCGCGUCUACGAGUACCACCCGGGCAUUUUUCACGCGCUACAUGUCCUGCUUCUUGGAGACUCUGAGUAGCACCCUGCGGCCCUCCAAGGAUGAUGCGGACACGGCGGGCAUGGAGCUCGAGGCGGAGAGGCGGAAACAAGCGAGGGUGCAGCUGGGUCGGCACGAAGCUAUCCAGCUCGAGUCGGACAAGGAUGAUCAUUCCGUCGUCGUGCCUAGUCCACGCCAUUGUAUUCCAAAGGUCGCCCGUGAUGGAAACAUCGGAAUUGGAGGCUUCCUCACUGGCGGUGGCAAGUCUUUCCACACUGCCAAGUACGGUUUCGGCUGUGGCAAUAUCAUCAACGCCGAGGUCGUUCUCGCCGUCGGCCGCAUCGUCAACGUUAACAAGGACGGGAAUGUGGACCUGUUCAAGGCCCUGAAGGGAGGCUGGGGUAAAUUUGGUAUUGUGACCCGCUUUGAUCUCUUCACCUUCCCCAGCUUGCCCAUUUGGGGAGGUGCCAGGUUCGUUGCAGUCCCUCAGAUCGCUGCUGUUGCCGACUCCAUGGUCAACUUCACCACCAGCUACUCCAAGCACCACGACCCAGUCAUUUCUCAGUUCAUGGUUGAUACUGAUGGCGUCGAGAGAAGUCCCGCCUUUGCUGCGGCCCUAAAUAUCACCGGGAUAACCAGCAUCCUCUCCUCAAACACUUUGGGCAAGCUUGUCGAUACUUAUGUGCUUCCACCCGGCAAAUACAAUGUCUGGUACACCCCGACCUUUGCCAACGAUGCCCGCAUCAUCAACAAAGCCGCCGAUCUCAACGCAACCUUCGUCUCCGACCUGAUCAAGGUCGUUCCCGCGGACCAGCUCGGCACCGAAAUGCUCUUCCAGCCCAUGCCCAAGGGCGGCAACAUCAUGGGCAUGGGCCGCGUCGACGGCGGCUCGCUCCCAUGGCUACUCGCCUGCACCGUCGAGACCGCCGAGCAGGAAAAGUUUCUACACGAGAUCUCGGCCAAGUUCAAGGACGGGAUUGCCGCCUAUGCCAAUUCCAUGCGCAGCCUGCGAGAGUGGCAGUACAUCAACUACGUUGACCCCACCCAGGGCCCCGUCGACAGCUACGGACCGGCCAACGUCGCUUUCCUCAAGCUGGUCUCGUCCCAGUACGACCCGACUGGCUUCUUCCAGAAGCAACAAGGAGGUUGUAUCAUGCUGCUCCAGGCUUGA